CUGGAAAUUUAUUGAUUGCAAAAAUAAAUAAAAAUUACAGGGGCAUUGCCUGACGACUCAGAACAAAGACGGAGAAAAGAAUUAACCAACUUGCAUACACACCCCUUCCAGCAUGGACCAAAUGAGAUACUCAAACUUCAUGUACCGACCGUUGCUCGGUACAGUCUCAGUGGAUAUGGAUAUUAUCGUCCAUUGCUAUUGAAGGAGUAGACGCUCAAGCCUGGAGUUGGGCCGUGUAGAUGCCCAAACCUGCUCACUGACGGGAUGUCGUGCAUGAUGUUUCUGAUGAUUGUUGUCCGUGUAAGUCCGUUGCAUCAUAGACAACUCACACAAAGACCCGGUAUAUGGAUCAGAAACGAUGGAUAUCAUGCAAGUUUGUCACUUUUUUUGCUCCGGCGCAUUCCUGGGCGAGCGUCUAAACGGCCAACACAUUCAAACGCUGCGGGUGCAAGUGCCCGUGUUGGCUUAGCUAAAAGCGGUAGUUUAUUUGACUCUAGUCUCUACGCAGGCUCCGUCUCACAAGUGCAGCAGCUUAAUAAAAAUAAAUAAAAGUGA